UACAGUAGCCCAUGGGUAGAUGUAAUAUGUAAUCGAAGUUACCGGUUGGACUGUCGAUCACCCCUUCAUUAUUGGUCCAUUAUAUAUUCCAAAUAAAAGCAUGGCGCGAAAAAUUUGCGAUCCGAGUGAAAACGAAAAUUCUUUAUCGACGGAACAAGGAGCCGAACCAAUUGCUGAUUUACAGACCCAAAGCCGAGAGCUAUAUGCUAAUUUUGUACGUGAAGAAAUUCAGUUGCAAGGAUUACCAGUUCCGCAUGUCCCAUCGCUCGAUGACAUUCAGUUUAGCAAUCCUUUGUGGGUUUGCAAUGCUUCAAGUUUGCGACAACUAGCCAAUGAAUUUUCCCUUUCACCACUCAGAAAUGAAGUUCGUUACAGAGCCCAAAAUGUGGAUUUGACUACUUUAAAUGCCCAGAACUUCAGUGAAAUGAUACAGGAGGUGUUCAGUGGAGGAAAUUUAACAAAAGAACGCAUACUUGUGGUCUUUUUCUUUUGUUCAGAUGUUGCUCUGUUUGCAUUGCAAAACCACACUUUGAAUCUUUUCUCCAAGCUCAUACAAUGGAGUACAGAUUAUAUAUCUGGGAGAUUCUCAAACUUUAUCCACAGCCAAGGAGGAUGGACAGCUGUUUUGAACAGUUCUAUGAACACACUGCUGAAAAUGUCUGCAACUGCAGCUUGCUGUGUAGCAGUAAUAGCCAUGCUGGUAUUUAUUAAGAAUAAUUGGAAAUAAACAAGCAAUGAAAUAAACUAUCUUUACAACUA